CACGAAAGCAACACUCCCAUCCACGCCACUACUAUUCACCUCAUCACCUCAAGCGCCAUUCGAAUUCGCUCUUUGUCUCACUCACACACAUAAUCAAGAUGGCCACCGAUCUCUGUCCCGUAUAUGCUCCCUUCUUCGGCGCGAUGGGCUGCACCAGCGCCAUCGUGUUCACAUGCUUUGGCGCAGCAUACGGCACCGCAAAGGCUGGCGUCGGUAUCUCAUCUAUGGGUGUCCUUCGACCUGAUCUCAUCGUCAAGAACAUCAUUCCGGUCAUUAUGGCUGGUAUCAUUGCUAUCUACGGUCUGGUCGUGUCAGUCCUCAUUUCCAACGAGUUGACGCAGAAGACGUCGCUGUUCACAGGAUUUAUUCAACUGGGUGCCGGUCUAUCUGUCGGUCUUGCUGGUCUUGCCGCCGGGUUUGCCAUUGGUAUUGUUGGAGAUGCUGGUGUGCGUGGUACCGCGCAACAGCCAAGGUUGUUUGUUGGCAUGAUUCUGAUUCUCAUUUUCGCCGAAGUGUUGGGUCUCUAUGGUCUGAUCGUGGCUCUGCUCAUGAACUCGCGCGCAACUCAAGACGCCGAGUGCUAGAGAGCGAGCGAGCGAGAGAGAAACGGGGGAUGAUCACACGCGCAGACCAGUACUUACGACAUCCGUUGCGCGACCGUGUUAUGGCAGGUGGUGGCGUGAAGGAGACGAGCACAGAGUUGGGUUGGUAUUGUCUCGAGACGAUGCGCAGCUCGCAUUGCCCGCAGAAGUCAUCUCGAGUGAAGAUGCACGAUGGGUAAGCACGAGGGGGAUGAGGACGAGCAUGUAACGUUAGUUGUUUUGUAUAUUCAGCAGUCGUCCAAGACAAGGGUAGACAGUGUACAUGGAGAAGAAAUGCAUGCGCAUAGUUCUCUUGUCUCGGCGCUUGGCCUGUGUCAUACCUAUACAAUGAUCCAG